AUAGACAUAAGCUCUAUUAUAAUUUUUAAAAGAAUCCUAUUCUAUUCCUAUUAGAAUUCUUACUAUUUUAGUCUAUAAAUACAUCUAAAAUCUCAUUGUAAACAUAUAAGCAUACACGAAUUCUUGCCAUCAAUACAAAAUUCCCUAAGUUUGGCGUCAUUCUUGCGUAGGCACAACAAAUUUGAUUGCAGUUUGGAGAUGGCAACGACUCAGCAGGUUACCAGACAUGCUCUCAGGGUCUAUGUUGGCGGACUUCCACCAACUGCUAAUCAACAGUCUUUGGCAACAUUCUUCAGUCAUGUUAUGUCAGCAAUCGGAGGAAAUACUGCCGGUCCAGGAGAUGCCGUUGUGAAUGUUUACAUUAACCAUGAGAAGAAAUUUGCUUUUGUGGCGAUGAGAUCAGUUGAGGAGGCUAGCAAUGCAAUGGCUUUAGAUGGCAUUAUUUUUGAGGGUGCACCAGUUAACGUGAGAAGACCGAGCGAAUACAACCCCUCGCUUGCUGCCACUCUAGGCCCCACUCAACCUAAUACCAAUCUGAAUCUUGCAGCUGUUGGGUUGACAUCAGGAUCUGCAUUGCUUCCAAAUACUGCCGCUGCUGUUGCAGGUCUGCUUCCGGGAGUCGCCCCCACCCUUCCUGGAAUGUUCCCCAAUAUACUACCUUUGCCAGGCGGACAGUUUGGAGCCCUCCCUGCGAUGCCUAUGCACGCAAUGAUUCAGCAGGCUGCCAGACAAGCUCUCAGGGUCUAUGUUGGCGGACUUCCACCAACUGCUAAUGAACAGUCUGUGGCAACAUUCUUCAAUCAUGUUAUGUCAGCAAUCGGAGGAAAUACUGCCGGUCCAGGAGAUGCCGUAGUGAAUGUUUACAUUAACCAUGAGAAGAAAUUUGCUUUUGUGGAGAUGAGAUCAGUUGAAGAGGCUAGCAAUGCUAUGGCUUUGGAUGGCAUUAUUUUUGAGGGUGCAGCAGUUAAAGUGAGAAGACCGAGCGACUACAACCCCUCGCUUGCUGCCACUCUAGGCCCCACUCAACCUAAUCCCAAUCUGAAUCUUGCUUCUUUAUGUUUUUUGUUCUCAAAGCUUUGAUUAACACAAGUGUUGCUAGUUUUUAUUGAGUUUUGAGGAGAAUAUUUUGAGCCUAAAAAUUUCAGAUGGAAUUUCUUUAUACAGGUAGAUGUGGGGUUGUUACAAAACUAUACUAUGUUGUAUGUCUUGCAUAUCACUACACUUAUCAGUUGAUUUAAACAAUCAAAUCUACUAAAAGAAAUAAAGACAUGGAGUAAUUUAUUAC